GUUUUGUAUUUGCACGAAUAGUGUGAAAUCAAUGUAUUUUAAAAACGGAAUAUAAAGGACAACUUCGUAAUCUCUUCGUGCUGAGACGCAAAAUGGAAGGGAAUCUGGAGGCACAGCAGGUGCAUCCAAUAUAGCACCUUGAAAAUGACGUAAAAGCUGAAGGAAGUGAAUGAAGGGUGGAAGAUCCCUUCUCCUGGACGUGGGGCCCCUCUUCGGCAGGAUGACGCUGAGAUUGGAGACUGUGAAACGGUGGCUGCUGGAGCUGCAGUCUGGCCAGGACUGGCUUCAGUGCGUAGUCGGAGUCGACAGAUGCUUCGUGGUCGCGAUCAAGUGCGCCCUGUGCAGCAAACACAAAGCCAAGCUGGAAGGCCUGCGGAACUUCAGCCCGGCCUUCAUCAACGGCAUCGAGGGGAACUCCCUGAAGAAAGACAACGUCAAGAAGCACUUUCAGAGCGAGAUGCACCAGAAGGCAUCUGCGCUGGAUAAGCUCGCGAGCCGCGACCACGACUUGCCUUCUGCGAUGGCUCAGACCGCUGAGGAGAGCCACCUCAACCGGCUCUUCGACCUUGCAUACACUGUGGCCAAGUUGGGGCUGCCCUUGGUGGACUUCAAGACGCUGGCCCGGCUGGAGCUACGGCAUGGCGUGGACCUGGGCCCUGCUGCCAUGACGGAGCAGAAAUGCAGGCAGUACAUCGACUACAUCGGCCGAGCCACCAAGAUCGAGCUGAUCCAGGCCAUCCAGGAGGCCCCGUACUUUUCAGUGGCUGUGGACGGCUCUGCAGACCCCACGAUGCCGGAGAACGGGAUGAUCUACGUGCUGUACGUGGAUCGCACGGGGCUGCCCUGCGUGCGUUUCUUCGGCUUCUGCGAUGUGGAGCGUGUCCAUCCCGAGUGCCUGAGGCGCACUGUGCUGGACCUGUUUCUGGAGGAGGGCGUUAACCUGGAGGGGAAGCUGGUGGGCUGCAUGGCGGACAGGGGCACCAUCCGGACCAACGUGGCUGCGCUCCUGCAGGGGGACAUGCCCUACCUGGUCUCACUCGGAUGUGCAAGCCACCGCCUGGAGAUGGCCGUGAAGAAAGUCUUCUACGGCACUGCCUUCGACAGUGUGAAUGAGAUGUUCUUCGUCCUGGCGAAGCUGUACUGGGCCUGCCCGUCUCAGCUGGAGGAACUGAGGGCCUUGGCUCGGGUAAUGCAGGAAGUGGACACCAAGCCCCAGCAAGCCAACGGCACUAGAUGGGUACAGCAUAGGCUGCGGGCAACCAGAGCUCUUCUGCAGACUUAUCCAAUGGUCAUCUGCAACCUGGCCAACAUGUCUGUACAGACAACCCUGCCCAAGGAAAAGGCCAUUUUUCAGGAUUGUCUGAAGAGCCUCCGGAGUGUCAGCUUUGUCCUGCACCUGCUGUUCUUCAACGAGACGCUGGAGCCCAUCGCCAAGCUUUCCAGCUUGCUACAAAACAGUAAUGUGGAUUUGUUGUACACAGCAUCGCUGGUGGUGAAGUUCUACAGUACACUAGAGCAGCUGAGUAGGGGCAUACCACAGGGGACCCUGGGCGAGGUUUUUAAGGACACCGUCAAGGAUCCGCAGACAGUCUUCUUCAACGGGACCCGUCUGCACUGCGGGGCUGAGGCUGCUCGAGCCUUCAGGGAGAAGCUCCCGUCGUACGCCGCUGCCAUUUCGGAGUGCGUUCUCCCGCGUUUUGAGGCCAUGCACCAGAUGGAGCCUGUCCGCUGCCUGAAAAUCCUCCAGGCCGAGCUGUGGCCUGACGACCCAGCAGAGCUGGAGAACUAUGGGAACGCCGAGCUGCAGGCGUUCAGCCGCCACUUCGCCAAACUCCUGGCCCUCAACCAGGUGGACGUCACCAAGCUGCUGGAGGAGUGGGAGCAGUUCAAGUGGUACCGGGCGGAGAGCCUAGCGAACAUGUCUAGCCGGCAGGUGUGGCAGCACGUCCUGACGCGAGAGCGGGCCCAGUUCCUCAACUUCCGACACGUUGUGCAAAUCCUCCACUGCUUCCCGGUUUCCAGCGUGGUGCUGGAGCGGGGCCAGGCUGCUGUUAGCCGCAUGAUGGCUGUCGCCGGAGGCAGGAUGUUCCCCCGCACACUGGAGUACCUGACCAGAAUCGCAUUGGAGGGCCCCGAGCUGGAUUUCUUUGACCCCCAGGCGGCAGUCAGCCUCUAUUGUUUUGAGCACAUGGGCUCCUUCAUUGAGUCCGCAGGCAGAAGGACCUCUCUGUCCACAUUCUCUGGAGAUGAGUCUCCGUCCACGUUCUCUGGGGACGAGUCCAGUCCUCCCAGAAAAAAGACUUGUUUUAGCUCAGUGGAGUGUGCUGGUGACUGAACAUUCCCUGGCCCUCGGGGUCAUGUAAAACACUGUAUCGCAUGGUGUC